AUGGCGGCCCAGAAAACCGCCAGCGUGGCUCCCUUCCGGCCACGGUUUAUGCCGUUGAUGCUUACAUCUACUCUUGCCGCCGGUGUUGUAUCCAGGGUCUCCUCUGUCAGCACCGCUGCUGCACUCAUUCUCUUGUAUGCCAUUGCAAUUCCAAGCUAUGUCAUAUACUGGUCUUGGGUCUAUCCUUACCAUGUCUCUCCACUUCGUCAUGUGCCUACUGUGCCAGGAAAUCCUCUCUACGGUCAGCUAUUCGACAUCAUUGGCAACGAAGUAGGCGUGUGUCAACGUAAUUGGCACAAGCAGUACGGGCCUAUUGUCCGCUACUUCUUCCCACUAGGUACCGAACGCCUGUCCAUUGCAGACGAUGAUGCCCUGAAGCAAAUGACUGUUAAGAACCCAUACAACUACCCCAAGCCCGUUGGUGCACGGAAAUGGAUGACCCGUAUUUUGGGCGAGGGAAUCCUUCUAGCCGAGGGCACUUCGCACGUUCACCAGCGCAAAGCUUUAACACCGGGCUUCUCAAUCGGUUCUAUUCGAACCUUGGCACCUAUUUUCUGGCGCAAGUCUUUCCUUAUGGCCAAGCUUUGGAACCAAGAGAUUGGCUUGUCCAAGGACAAGAAGUCCGGAACUUUUGAGGUCCUAGAGUGGCUUAACCGAACGACACUUGAUAUCAUCAGCGAGGCUGGAUUUGGUACCAAUGUCAACUCCCUUGAGAAUCCGGACACCCCUCUGAGAGAAGCCUAUCGCAAGGUAUUCGUCUUUGAUGGACUUUCACGCCUGAUGCAUGGCCUACAGACUCUCUUCCCCUUGACCAAGUAUAUUCCCGCGAAAAUGAACCGUGAUAUGGAAGCCUCGCGCGGUAUCAUUCUUGGCUCUGCCACGAAAAUCAUCAAGGAUAAGCAAGCCUCGGCCAACCCUGCAGAUAAAGACAUCCUUUCUCUACUGGUUCGCGAUAACCUCAAACUACAAGCCUCCGGUGAAGCUGGUCUUAGCUUUGAGACCAUGCGUGACCAGGUUAUGACCUUCCUCGGGGCUGGCCACGAUACCACCGCUACCGGCGUUACUUGGACUCUUCACCUUCUGUCAAAACAUGUCGACAUUCAGUCGAAGCUUCGUGACGAAAUUCGCCAACACUAUCCCUUUCUUUUCGAUCCCAAUACCAUGGAGAACGUCGACACAUCCAAGGUCGAUCCUGACCACCUUCCAUAUAUGGAUAAUGUGUGUCGCGAGUCGCUACGUUACAUUCCGCCUAUCCCCAUGACUGUUCGUGAGCUUGUGGAAGACGACAAACUCGGCGAAUACAUCGUCCCCAAGGGAACAACAGUCCUGGUGUAUGCUAAUGCCAUUAACCGUCUUCCGGAGUAUUGGGGUCCCACUGCGGACGAGUUUGAUCCUGAUCGUUGGGACAACUUACCUGAUUCCUACACGACUAAUGCCUUCAUGACAUUCCUCCAAGGACCACGGGGUUGUAUCGGACGUAAAUUUGCCGAGACCGAAAUGAAGAUUCUCCUAUGUGUGUUGCUCAGCCAGUUCACUUUCGCCCGUGAUGAGUCGGUUCAAGACCCGGAGGAACUCAAGAUGUGGAGGUUGGUGCUGAGACCACGAGAUGGCGUGCAAUUAAAGGUUAAUAAGCUCUAA